GCGACAGAGAAAGACACAGACAUGGCAGAAGAAGCUCCAGCAGCUCCAGCAGUUCCCGCGGCGAAAGCCCCUGCCAAAGCCCCCAAGAAGAAGGCAGCUCCCCGGGCAAAGAGUGACGGACCCUCCCUCCCGAAGCUCAUCCUCGACGCCGUGACUGAAUCCAAGGACCGUAAAGGCACCUCGCUUCCGGCUAUCAAAAAGACGUUGGCCACCAAAGGCAUCGACCUGGAAAAGGCCAACAAACGCAUCAACACCGCGGUGAAGAAGCUGGUGACCGACGGAAAGCUGGUCCAGAAUAAAGGGAUUGGGGCUUCCGGAUCCUUCAAGCUCCCCAAGGCUCAGCCUAAAGCCGCCAAAGCGGCCAAGAAAACUCCCGUUAAAGUGAAGAAACCCGCUGCCAAGUCCCCGCAGAAGAAAACCGCAGCUAAGAAAGCGGCAGUGAAGAAGACUGCAGCCAAGAAAGCCGCCGUUAAGAAACCAGCGGCCAAGAAACCAGCAGCCAAGAAGUCUCCUGUGAAGAAAGCUGCCAAAAAGCCAGCAGUGAAAUCUACUCCCAAGAAGGCUGCCCCUAAAAAGGUCGCUAAGAAGAAGACCCCUGUGAAGAAAGCUCCGGCAAAGAAAGCCGCAGCGAAGAAGUCCAAGAAGUAAAGUGGCUCUUUAAUCCGCACUCAGUGCUCCAAAAGGCUCUUUUAAGAGCCACCACACAUUCACCAAAGAGCUGUUUUCCUACAACGUUAUCAUGUCUCUUUCCAUUGUUUGUUUUUCUAUUAUGUAUUCUAUCAAAACACGUUGAUCUACAUAAAAUAUGCUGGUGUAAAGUCAUUUGUUUGCAGUAAAAUUAACGUGCUGCAUUUUCAAAGAACAAAACCAAUCUGAAUAUAAUUUCCAGCACUAGUCCUUCAGUGCUCUGUCCUCUGAACACCACAGGAUGGCGCUGACACACAAGAAGUGAGUAACACUACCUCUUCUGAUCUUAGCCACAGAUUUAAAAAGAUGUUUUCCUAAAACCUUAUGUCAUUAAUAUACAUAUUUACUUAUGAAUAUAUUUAUAUUCAAAUGAAGUGUGUGUGGAUAAUGAAGUUUAAUGCAUAGGUCCAUAUUCAAAAGAAAAAGCAUGUACAAGCAACACUGUUUCAUCAACUUCAUACUCAAUGUAUCUUUUUCUGAUUGUAAAUCAGAUUAUGGCACACCUUUUUGAUUUUGAAUAUAUUACAGUCCCAUUGCGAUUAAGAAUCCUGUUUUUCAAGAGAGAGCCAAGACAGGCACCACAUACAUUUAAAACCACAGUUAAUAUAUUAUUGUUAUAUUCAAAAGGAGAAAACAAUUGAUAAUCAACCGUAUGUUUUAUCAAUUUAAUACUUGAUUUUCUGAUUGUAGAUCAGGUUUUGUGAUCUCAAUGGGACCUUUAUUUCAUUUGGAGGUAUAACCUUUAGGCUAUUUAACAGUUUUUCAAGGAAGACCUGGCUAAAACAUUUAAAAAAUAAGCAUAGGGAAAAUGAAAUUAAAA